AUGGGCGACUCCAGCAUAAACGCAACGCAACACUACGAUGUCAUCGUUGUUGGCGCCGGCUGGUACGGCCUUGUUGCCGCCCGCACCUUCAUGGAGCUCGCACCUGAGACAGAGCUCUUGGUCAUCGACGAUAGCAAAACUGUGGGGGGUGUCUGGAGUCGCGAGAGAAUCUAUCCAGGCCUCCAUGCCCAAAUCAGCCAGCCCCUUUUCGAGUACUCCUUUUUUCCCAUGGUUGACCCGGUUCUCUCACCCGACGGUUUUAUCUCAGGCGAGAGCAUUCACGGAUAUUUGGUCAGCUUUGCCAGAGAGUAUCAUCUCUUGCCCCGAGUGCGGCUUCAGACAAGAGCCCUUAACGUUUGCAGAGGGUCCAGUGGCGAUGGUUGGUUGCUUACUGUUAAGGGUCCCCUUCCCGGCCACGGUGAACAACACCAGUAUCAACUGCACUGCGACAAGUUAAUCUACGCCACGGGUGCAAAUUCGAGCCCUGUUAUGCCUCAGUGGCCUUGUGUUGGCUUUGAGAAGCCCGUUCUGCACUCUCUCGGGAUCAAGGACCACUUAAAGUACAUCAAUGAUCAUGUCGAGCGGGCCACCGUUGUUGGCCGCGCGAAGUCGGCCUACGAUGCCGUCUACCAGCUCCUGAGUACCGGCAAACAGGUCGACUGGGUGAUGCGUGAUGGUCCAUCUGGGCCGUUCAGCAUAUACCCCCCAACUUUUUUGAGGUUGUGGCACAACGCGGAACACAUCUCAACCCGCCUGACUGCAAGUUUCAGUCCGUGCAUCAUGAACACUUCGGGGCUCUCUUACAGUUUCCUCCAGCGCUCGGUUGUUGGCAGAACGCUCAUGUGGUUGUACUGGAGAGCUAGUUCUGUCAUAUGCGACCACUACGCGGGAUACUCGAGGACUCCAGCAGCUGAGAAACUGCGACCUCGACCGCACGGCGACGGCGUAUUCUGGGGCAGCGGCGGCAUUGGCCUCGCAACCCAGCAUGACUUCUGGGAUGUGUUCCAUUCCGGCAAUGUCAAAAUCCACCAGACGGAGAUCAAAUCGCUUUCUGACGAAAAUGUCGUUCAUCUGCAAAAUGGAUCGGUUCUCCCCACAGACGUUGUCAUCUGCUGUACCGGGUUUGACAAGGGUUUCUCCGCCUUCAGCCUGGAGCUUCAGGAGGAACUUGGUUUGUCUUACGACCGCACCAAGUUGUCUAGAUGGACCGCACUCGAAGAAGAUGGGGAAAGAAGCGUAGAUAAGCUUCUUCCGUAUUUGUCAAGGUCACCCCGUGCGCCGUCGGAUUCCAAAACGCCACAUGCAUGCGGCGGUCCUAAUCGGCACUACCGUCGUCUUGUUGUCCCAGAACUGGCGGCUCGUGGUGACCGUUCCAUUCUCUUUCCCGGGCACGUUCACUCUCCCUUCACCCCUCUCGUCGCUGAGCUUCAGGCGCUUUGGGGUGUAAGCUGGAUGCUCGGGUUGCGUGACCUACCCCAGCAAGGUGAGAUGGAGAUGGAGGUUGCAACCUUCAACGCUUGGACGCGGAAGCGUUAUCUGGAUCAAGGGAAGAAUCACGCGUAUCUCAUCUAUGACUACAUACCGGUGAGGCUACCCCAAGUGUCUUUGACUGCAAUUGAACGGCGAGCUUACAAGUACCAUGACGAGGAGAGCAGUAUAUCGACACUCUGA